GUUGCACGUUGUUUUUAUUUAUUUUUUUAGAAGCCAAAAUUGUCUCGCCAUCAUGGUUCGUAAACUUAAAUAUCAUGAAAAGAAGCUUUUAAAAAAGGUAGAUUUUAUUACCUGGAAAGUUGAUAAUGAAGGCAAGGAAAAUGCUGUGCUACGACGUUACCAUAUACGCAAAAGGGACGACUACACAAAAUAUAACAAAUUAUCCAGACACAUACGAGAAUUAGCAGAGAAAAUAGCUAAAUUGGAAAAGCAUGACCAAUUUAAAUCGGAUGCUUCCUUCAUGUUAUUGGAAAAGUUAUAUGGCAUGGGCCUGGUCAAUGAAAAACAUGAUUUGGAAGUGGCAAGCAAAGUAUCGGCAAGCUGCUUCUGCAGGCGACGUUUGCCAGUGGUUAUGGUGAAAAACAAGCUCUCGCAAAAUAUUAAAAAUGCCACCGAUUUAAUAGAAGCCGGUCAUGUACGCGUGGGCACCGAAAUGGUGAAAGAUCCCGCCUUUCUGGUAUCACGCAAUUUAGAAGACUUUGUUACCUGGGUAGAUGGCUCUAAAAUUAAGGAGCAUGUUUUGUCCUAUAACGAUCUGCGUGACGAUUUUCAAUUAUAAGAAACCUAAAUUUAAGAAACUAGUUUAAAAUAAAUCAAGAAACCUCCAAGUAGAAGAAGAAGAGAAGCAUGAUAUCUUCGACAGAAUUCAAAAACACUCAAGAAUCAAGAAAUAUGGCGAGUACAAUCUUUCAAACAUUUACGUACCUGUCUCUGGCAGUUCUUUGUGGUGAUGUAUUGCUAUUGUGAUCCACUGGAUCCAAGAGACCAGCCUGUAUGGCAUCAAUGGUAUUUUCGAAAAAGUCAAAAGUAGCAUUAAAUGGUAAACCAGUGCUCAUCCAUAGGAACAUGCCCGUGCCCAAGCGAUUGCCCGAAGUCCAGAAAUCAUAAUUGCCAUAGCCAGCAUUCUUCAGAUAGGUGGUCAUCGAUUCAGCCUUCUCUUUGGUCUCGAACGAGGCCAAUUGCAGACCCAGUGAACGACAAUACUGAUAGGCCAAAAAGUAAUUCAGCUCAGGUGAGUAGGGAUUCAUACGGCUUAUAAAAUAUU